GCUCUCAGCACUUUUGCACUCAACAAUGAUCCAGGUCCUCUUCACUGCUCUUGCGUUGGCCUCUGCGGCUUUGGGGUGUGGGGUGCCAACCUACAAGCCCAACUUGUCCAGAGUUGUGGGGGGAGAGAAUGUCAAACCCAACAGCUGGCCCUGGCAGGCCUCUCUCCAGUACAGUUCCAGUGGCAACUGGCGUCACACAUGCGGGGGGACCCUCAUAGCUACCAACUGGGUCAUGACAGCAGCUCACUGCAUCAGCUCUUCUAAAACCUACCGUGUGCAGCUCGGGAAGUACGACCUGACAGUCAGUGAGAAAGGAUCCGUCACAGUGUCUCCCAAAAAGAUUGUGGUGCACCCCAAAUGGGACUCGAGCAAAGUUUCUGACGGGAAUGACAUUGCGAUGAUCAAACUCUCAGAGCACGUCACCUUGAGUGACAAAAUCCAGCUGGCGUGCCUGCCCCCAGCCAACAAGAUCUUAUCUGGAAACUCUGCUUGUUAUGUGACGGGCUGGGGAAGGCUGGAAACGAACGGCGCAUCUCCAAAAGUCCUCCAGCAAGGGUGCCUCCUGGUGGUGGAUCACGCAACCUGCUCCAAGUCCAGCUGGUGGGGCAGCACAGUAAAAACCAGCAUGGUCUGCGCGGGCGGUGAUGGCAUCAUAUCUAGCUGCAACGGGGACUCUGGCAGUCCGCUCAACUGCAAGUCCGGUAGCAAGUGGGAGGUGCACGGGGUGGCCAGUUUCGUCUCUUCUAAGGGAUGCAACUACUACCACAAGCCCUCUGUUUUCACUCGAGUCUCUGCUUUCAAUGACUGGAUCGCUCAGGUGAUGCAAAAAUAUUAACCUACGGAGCACUAUUCAACGCUGAGAUCUGGUUGGUGACAUCAUCAAAAAUAAAACCAGCUGUGGAACAAACAAAAAAGAAAAACAUAAAUAAAGUAACCAACA